CCACCGACCGACCUGUCUCUACUUCCAGAUCGAAGAUGGCGGUCUCGGUGUUCCCCGGCGUGCGGCUCCUGUCCAUCGGAGACGCGAACGGAGACAUACAGCGACACUCAGAACAGCAGCCGCUGCGGUUAGAAGUAAAAACCUCACAAGAUGCUGCCCUUAUCAAUCUCUCCAAUGGAGAGGAGGCGAGUGUAUUCAAGUGUUCGGUUUCCAGGGAGACGGAGUGCAGCCGCGUGGGGAAGCAGUCAUUCAUCAUCACACUGGGCUGUAACAGCGUCCUGCUGCAGUUCUCCUCACCUGCAGACUUUCAGUCCUUUUAUAACCUCCUGAAGAACUGCCGUGGGCAUCUUGGCGAGCGGUCAGUCUUUAGUGACAGAACAGAGGAGUCCUCUGCUGUACAGUACUUCCAGUUUUAUGGCUACCUCUCCCAGCAACAGAACAUGAUGCAGGACUACGUUAGGACAGGAACCUACCAACGGGCGAUCCUCCAGAACCACACCGACUUCAAGGACAAGGUGGUGCUGGAUGUCGGUUGCGGCUCGGGGAUCCUCUCUUUCUUCGCAGCCCAAGCUGGAGCCAGGAAGGUCUAUGCAGUGGAGGCCAGCACCAUGGCACAGCACGCCGAGGUGCUGGUGAACAGUAACCGUUUAGGGGAGCGCGUGGUGGUCAUCCCGGGGAAGGUGGAGGAGGUGACGCUGCCCGAGCAGGUCGACAUCAUCAUCUCAGAGCCCAUGGGCUACAUGCUGUUCAACGAGCGCAUGCUGGAGAGCUACCUGCACGCCAAGAAGUUCCUCAAACCCAACGGUAAAAUGUUCCCUACCAUCGGUGACGUCCACCUGGCUCCCUUCACAGACGAGCAGCUCUACAUGGAGCAGUUCACCAAGGCCAACUUCUGGUACCAGCCCUCCUUCCACGGUGUAGACCUCUCUGCCCUGCGGGGGGCAGCAGUGGACGAGUAUUUCCGCCAGCCAAUCGUGGACACAUUUGAUAUCCGUAUCCUGAUGGCCAAGUCGGUCAAGUACACAGUCAACUUCCUGGAGGCCAAAGAAGAUGAUCUCUACAGGAUAGAGAUUCCCUUUAAGUUCCACAUGAUGCACUCAGGCCUGGUGCACGGCCUGGCUUUCUGGUUUGAUGUGGCGUUUAUGGGAUCAAUGAUAACAGUAUGGCUGUCCACAGCACCCACAGAGCCCCUCACCCACUGGUACCAGGUGCGCUGUCUGCUGCAGUCUCCCCUCUUCACCAAGGCUGGGGAUACACUGUCCGGCACUGCAGUGCUGAUAGCCAACAAGAGACAGAGCUACGACAUCAGUAUUGUUGCCCAGGUGGACCAGACAGGAUCAAAGUCCAGCAAUCUCCUGGACUUGAAGAACCCCUUUUUCAGGUACACAGGCACCACCCCCAACCCUCCUCCUGGCUCACACUACACCUCCCCAUCGGAGAACAUGUGGAACACGGGAGCCUACAGCAUGAGUCAGGGGAUGGGUGUAUCAGGGAUGCCUGCAGCUUAUGACCUCAGCACAGUCAUCGGCAGCGGCACGUCAGUCUCUCACAACAACCUCAUCCCCCUGGGUACGAAUCACACUCCACCUGGCUCUUCAACAACUUGUGGAACUUGGUCUAGUGGGGAACAAAUAGGAGAACAACAGAGGAAAUCUGCAGUGCAGCAUGAAGUACCAGUGAACACAGGGAUUGUGAACCACACCCACUCCAGGAUGGGCUCCAUUAUGAGCACAGGAAUUGUCCAGGGAGCCACUACGGGCCAAUCAGGCCCCAGCAGCAGCGGUACUUACUAUCCCGUCACCAACCAGUUCACCAUGGGGGGUGCGGCCAUCUCCAUGGCCUCACCUAUGGUCAUCCCCAGCAACACCAUGCAUUACGGCAGUUAAGAUGAAGACCUCGCAAAGACCUCUUUGAUUCUCCCCACCCCUGCAUGACAAGACAUCCUCCCCCAAGCCCUCCCAGUGGAGUCCCCCGCCCCCUCAACCCUGACUCGACCCACCAACCGCAGCCAAAACCAGUAUACCAAAACCAGUGCUGUCCCGGCACUUCCUCUUCCUCCCCUCGUUCGUCACCCUCAAUUUACUGUGUUCAGUCCAUCACUAUAUGAACGGUUGAACGCUCUCGUAUCCGUCCAGACUCUUGUCUUGCUAACAGCAGAAUCCACCACCUCCUCGUCCUGUACCCACCUCCCUUCUUGGAUUCAUCUGGACUGUUAACACGUUCACAGCUGAGAUGCACAGCAGUCGUUCGUCCCCCUUUCUGGGUUCCUGUCCUCUUCCCUCACUUGCCCCUUUCUUUCUCCGUUAUUCAAUUUUUUUUAUUUUUUUUUUCUCCAAUGUGUCAUGAACCGCAUUUCUUUCCUUCCUACCUUGAGAACUUGUUGCCAGAUACCAGCAUCAAUCUGUUCCCGCAGUUCUCCUACCAGACCUUCACUGAAGCUUCUCAUUGUGCAGCAGGACACUAUUAUCAUUAUCAUCAACAUUCAUCUCUGGGCUGCCAUCUUGGCUUUUCAUAUCGGAUUCAACCUUAAAGAGACUGACUCAUGCCAGACAAAAGUUCCUUUGAAAAAAAAAAAAAAAACCCACACACACUAUUUCCUUCUUAACCUCUAAGUCAGUGUUCUCAUGGAGUUAGUUUCAGUUUUUAUGCAAAGGCAGAUAUAUCAGUCAACUGAAACCAUCUUCAUAGCUAGGUUUCCUUUAAGAGCAAACCAUAUAAUUUUUUUUUGUGAUUUGGAUAAAUUGCCCCUUCUAAGUUCUGCUUAUGACGCAGCGUGUGGUUAUCCGUGUUGUGUUUCUAUUCUCUAUACCUACUUAACAGCAGUAGUCUUGAUGCAUUCCAGCAAUGUUUUCACUUAAACAUCAAGUUUUGGGAGAAUGGCACGUUGGUUACCUUCCAUGCUGAGUGAUGAGAUAAAGCAGUACCAUUAAUCUUCCUGUUUGCUGUUGGCGGCGGGUUUCGAUCCUCUUUGCUUAUACCUCUGUAAACACUACAUUGACUGGAAUCCGACUCCAAGCUAGCAUGUUGGCAUACGGUAGAUUAAUUGCUAGUUAGCGCUAACCUGUAAUAUUAAAUAACAGCUGUGAUAUUCUGUAUCUGCUGCAUGAAUUGAUUUUUCAAGCUGUAAAUGCAACAUAGGCAUAUUAUCACCCAAGUUGUUGUGGUGAACACGUUAGCAAACAACUAUUUACAUGUUAGCACACACAGUGUAAAAUAAGCAUUUAUUUGACUUCAUAUUUCUAACUACCAGACAAAUAUUAGGCAACAUUCAGUCUUAUCAGAGCUGUUUCUGAAACAGUUGCUGCUGGAAAUAAAGUUGACUGAACUAAAACAGUGAAUUUGUUGGCCGGAAACAAACCAAUUAGCCGAAAGAUGCUAUGAAGCUAUGUAAAGCUGAGUGGAACUGUAGUCAGGAAAUAGCUAUCUUCUCUUCUGUGCGUUUGUUGCUAUGAAUGACCCUUUUCACUUUACACACAGUCGUUUGAGUCAUUCUCAAUGUAAAAAAAUACAUCUUAUUGCAGCUUUAAAUAUGCUUGCACCCAGUUCUGUGAUGUGGCUAACGUUAGCUUAGCACAACGUCUGGAAGCAGGGAAAAACUGCUCUACUUUUUCUUAAAAGACAAAUGUUUGUCUGAUAUUCACUCUUAUCAGAGCUGUGUCUAAAACAGCUGCUGUUGGAAAUAAAGUUGUCUGAACCAUAACAGUGAAUUUGUCGGCUAGAAACGAAAACGAUUAGCUGAAAGAUGCUACGAAGCUACGUAAAGCUGCGUGUAACUGCAGUCAGGAAAUAGUUAUCUCUCUUCUGUGCGUUUGUCGCUAUGAAUGACCCUUUUCACUUUACACACAGUCAUUUGAGCCAUUGUCAAUAUAAAAAUACAGCUUAUUGCAACGUUAGCUUAGUUCAAACUCUGGAAGCAGGGAAGUACUGCUCCACUUUCUCUAUUAAAAAAAGUGAACACCUCCGAAAUGCUCCUAAGCUCCGGUUUUGGGUGAAGUUUACAUCAUGUUAAUAUUUAGAAAUAAGCAGUUUUAGAGCAGUUUUAAGUCAAGACAAUUUCCUUGACUCAUCUAUAGCUGGGUGCAGUGUCUGCAUGCAGCAUCUCAAAAAAAUCCUGUCCUCAUAGUGGGGUUGCCAGGUUUGAGCACCGUCCAAAGUGAACAAAAAGCCGGGUGACACUUGAUAUUUGCACGAGUUAAACAAAAAUUGAAUAAAAGGAGCUGCUGGAAGGUGUAUUUUGUCUGUUUUUUGACGUAGCUAGGUUAGCUAGUGAGUUUAUAGCUGCUGCAGGUUGUCAUUCUUAUUUUUUGAGGCAGGCCUCAACUGCAACUUGUUUGUACAACGUGUCGUCUGAUCACAUCUAAAGGGAAAUGUAUAUAAACCUGUUCUGAAUGGCCACACCUGAGCAUAAAGCCUGCCAUCAUCGUAGCCUCUUCUGGUUUCCAAGAACUUUUUUUUUUUAAAUGUCUGUCGCUCGAAAGAGAAAUUUAAAGCCUCGGCACGAGCUGCAAAGUGCUUGUUAGAUUUUAUGUCUGGAAGUUUAAAAAAAAUUGUUUGAUGUAGCUGCUGUUUGAUAUUCUAACAAGCGCUUUGUUUGGAGCAUAGUGAGGCCUUUAGGGAAAUCCAAGAGACACCUGAUUAUUAUGGGAUUUUUGGAUGAUUUUGGUGUGUUUGUUACCCAACAUGGAAGGUGACCAUUAGGACUGUCUGCCAAAAAGUUUUCUUUUUCUAGUUAGAAUAUUUUAGUUCUUUCAUGCAUGUAAACCUGCUGCUGCCUGGUCUCUUCACCCAUUACCCACCUUUUUUUUUUAUCUGAGAGGACACUGCAGCAGCUGGUCAGCCAGUCAUUCGUGAAGCCAGACUGCUCCAGCACAGUCAAGAGGAGGAAGAUUUUUCGGAGAACGAACCAGUAAGGACCAAUAACCCAGGCGGCAAGAGGAAAGCUGUGCUGGAUUGGCAGCGUCCUAGUUUACAUCCUCGCUUUCCUCCCUUGCUUCUCCUCCCAACCUCCUUUUUGAGACUAUGAGACUGUCACACAAAAAAAACAAAA